AUGGAAACAGAGACAGAGGUGAAUAGAAGAUGAGACCAUGUCUCACCACUUUGUUAGGCCCUGUGGUCCUGCCUUUUGUCAGAGCACUGAAUCUACUGUAACACUGGCCCAUUCACCUUUCACCCUGACCCACCCUUACUUCUGUGGAAACAUUAUCAUAUCUUAUCUCUUAUCUUAUCAAUCGUGGGGAUAGGACAGGGUAUACCAAAUUACUCUGUCCUGUCUUAUGAAGGCCAUGGAUGGAUUGUUAUUGAGUCUCUAUCUUCCUUGAGUCCCUUUUCCUCUUCCAUCCCUCCACUCUCUCUUCCCCUCAGUCCUCUUCUCCUCCUCCUUGAAUCUCAUCUGACAGAAUCUGUCCUGACCUCUGACCUUUUCCUUUAGGAGCUGCCGGAGGUCAACGUGACCUGGUCGGGGGUGGGGCCCCAGGCGCUGGACUCCAUCAGCAUCUCCAUCGCUGUGGUGACCGAGAAGGGCCUCAUUACCCCCAUUAUCACAAACGCUGCUGACAAGGGAGUGCAGGAGAUCUCCGCUAAUACCAAGAUAUGGUGGAAGACUACUGAUACCUGGGUACUGUGGAGCUCGUAAUUCAGAAUGGGGGCCUGUGCUGUUGGAGAAAUACAUGCCAGUGAGCUUCUAACUAUCCCGGGCGGAGUGGAAUAAAAUAAUUAAAUGUUACAGUAUCUGAAAUGGAAUUAGCUGUCUCCAUUAUUUAGUGGCAGUUACAAAGCACUCAAAUUAAAGUUCUAUAAAAUGAGUGUAGAACGGUAAUAUCACCAGCAGCCCCUUAGCCUUGAGGCUGUGGCUGAAUCCCAAAUCACCCUUGACCCUCCAUUUGCACAUUCACGCGUGCCUCUACAAUAUGAGCGUGUCCCAAAGCUGAGGGUGUGAAAAUAAUGGAGGGUGUAAGGGCUAAUUAGACCCUCCAAUAGCCACUUCGACAUAGUCCGCUAUGCUGCCGGCUUCAGAGCAAAGGGGUAUGCCAUAAUGCACUGCAUAAUUGUUUUAAGUUGCACAAGUUCACUUUUUUUUUUGCCACCUGUAUUUGUUUGUCAGAUUUCGAGACUUGACACAUGUAACAUUGGAAAUACCUCCCAAAUUAAAUGUGUAACUGUUACUGAGGUUUAUAUCUUGUAAAACGACAGGGUGAAUUUUCUCAUUUGAAUUUCAUGCUCAUUUUAUUAUUUAAAUGUGGAACAUGAAUUGCAUCAUUCAAGUCACGAGUGUGUCCCGAAGUUGAUUGGUUUAUUUGAUCCCCUCGCCAGUCUUGAAGUCACCCUCAGAGUUUCGUCAGCAACACUUGACAACGGAGGGCCCUCCAAUCGAGUUGGUAAGGGCCAGGGGCUGGUUUCGGAUUCACUGUGUAACUGCAUUCCUCAGGUGAUUUCUUUAGAAAGGUCAGGCUGUGUAAUGAGUUGUAGUGUGGGGGCUCAUUCUGAAUCACUCUCUAAGUAAACACAUUAUCAGGGUUGGUGGUGUUUACCUUCCUGGACAGGGACCAGAGAGUGUUGUGCUUCAGGCUUAAACCACACCAUUAUUUGCAUAAUCUUUUGCAGCUCUUAAAUCUGCCACAAUUGGGCUUCUCAUAAUGAUUUUGGUGAUGAUGGUGGAUUGCUAAAAUAACUUAAUCAAAUGAUUGACACAGUAGAUAACCAUACUAGUGAUGGGGGAGGGGAAAUCAAUACAGUUACAUAUCGGGAUAUUAUUUGUGACAAUAUCGCAAUAUUAUUUUUGCGGCCGCUAGUCAGCUGUACCUACACCAAAACUCACCAUCUUCUUUUUUAAUAGUGAGCCAAAUUUGUUUUCAGCUAUUUAAUUUCCAUGACUGAUCAAAACUUGUUUUCUCAUGACUCGCUUAUCCCCCUGCAGCAGUCGUAUGGUGAGCAAUAUGUUUGGAACAUCAAAUCGCAAUAUCGAAUCGCAAUAUCGAAUCGCAAUAUAUAUAUCAUCUUGAGAAUUGCAAUACAUAUCGUAUCGGCAUCUAAGUAUCAUGAUAAUAUUGUAUCGUAAGGUCCCUGGCAAUUCCCAGCCCUAAACCAUACUGAAUCUAGAGGGUGUAUACAUGUCUGUGUGAUAUGACACUGUAGUUAUAAUAAUAAUAAUAUGCCAUUUAGCAGACGCUUUUAUCCAAAGCGACUUACAGUCAUGCGUGCAUACAUUUUUGUGUAUGGGUGGUCCCGGGGAUCGAACCCACUACCUUGGCGUUAUAAGCGCCGUGCUCUACCAGUUGAGCUACAGAGGACCACCCAUACAUAGUUCUCUCCAUCUCAGCAGCCAGCUAUGAACUGAACGUGCCAUGAUUAUGAGUAAAUAAAUGUACACACAGAAACACCGAUAUGAUGAGAUGAGAUCACCAUGCUAGAUCAUUUGAAGCGAUUAAUGGAGGGUUAAAUAAGGGGCGGGUACAGAGGCCUCAGCAGCUGGGUGCACACACACACACACCAGUGCGCCAGCUUAGGAAAUAGAGAAUGUGACAAUGUAAUUCCAAUGUAUCCCCUGCAAAUGAUGCAGUGGACAACAUGUUCUCCCGAUCUGUGGCCAGCCACAACACAUGUAUUAAACACAUGCACACUUGCAGUGUCACACGCACGCACGCACGCACAGUAGACUCCUGUCUGUGUGUUCCCACCCAGAGUCAGAAGCCUGGUUUGAGUUAGGGCAGAAUAUAAACCCCUUAUUAGCAGCUAAUUUAAUACAACAUGUGGUCUGGAAGGGGCACAGCGCGCUCAAUGGCUACCAUGCCUGAUCCCACAAAACACAUGAUUGCUUUUCCUUUUCCUGCUGUUAUCGCAAAUGUCUCCCCAUGUAUUCUAAUGUGUCUCUGGGUCUUUUGACUUAGUUUUUUAGUUAAAAGCAGUGUCACUGCAAUAUCUCUAAAGCAUUUCCAUUUGAAUGAGCAUGACAUACAUGAGUGUUAGAUGUAUUAUUGCAAAUCUGCUGCAGGUUGCGCAGGUUAACUCAUAACCUGCAGUCCCGGCAGUUAUAUCCGCAGGGUGGGUCAUUAAAUAUUGUGUGGAUGAAGGCCGGAUGGGUGGCGGGCGGGUUGAAUAAACAGAAAACAGUAACUUAAAAAUAUCCAUAAAUGUAUAAUUGUUGAUCAAUUUAUAUCUAUAGGCUACAUUGAGGUUUUUCUUUCCUUAUUUUAGGCUAUCUGGCAUUAGUGCAUAAGCCUAAUUAAGCUUUAGGGCCUAACUGUACGCGCGCCAAAUAGCCUACACGACAAUCGCCAAAUGCUUUUGGGAACGAGCAGAAAAAGUUAACUUCGAUCCAUGUAGGCAAAAACGAUUCAGUAAGAGAAAAGCUGCGAAAUGGAGAGUUCAAAAUAAAGAGAAGGGAGGGCCAGAAAUGUAAUGUUUGGAAAAGAUUUGGUGAAGUGGUAAAAUAGGAUGAUAGCAGUGUUAUGUGUGAUGAUUGUGAAGCACAAUACAAAUUUGACAGUCACAAGAUCGGGACUUCAAAUAGGCCUAUGGCACGUAAAGGAACUGUAGAGUCACGUACAGUAUACUGUUCAGAUGGGUAAAUGGAAACUUAAAUCUGGACACUGACUGUAGGUCCAUAACCUCUCACAUAGCCUUAAUAUUAACUCCUGCAGAAUUAAGCAUUUCUUGCAGUAAAAUGACAAAUGUAGGCUACAUUUUGACGAGUGGCGAAAUAUGAUUUUUGACAUCUUGAGAGAAUGCGAAUGCGCAGUUAGAUACCAUCUGUAGAGGUGCUAACUUUAUCAGUAUCAUAAACGCUGAUAGAGCCUAUUUCAACCACAUAAAUUAUGCAUCCAAGCCAAACUAAAAUCUUAUCAGAAACAUGUUGGGUCGUUUUCACAGCUCUCUAUUUCCUUAUAUCCAGUCAAACUGAUGUCAUUUGGAAAUUUUACACACAAAAUCUUUCCUGUUUUUUUUCUCCCUGGUCCGUAAAAGUCUUUGCUCCGCGAAAGAAGCAGAGAUGGCAGAGAACUUUACCGAUGUCAACUAGAUUGUAGCAUUCAUUCUAUCGAUUUAUGACAUUCUGGAGAGCCAGGGUUUAUUUAGUGUUCUAGGGCAACAUAUAAUGACAGAAGAGAAGCUACAUGUACAUUAUCUAAUUAUAGACAAGUUGACUAACAAAUAGCCUACCAAAAUGUCAGAAAUUAUAAGCAGAAACAUUAUCUAAAUCGGGAAAAUAAAUUCCUGCACCCCCUGUCAAAAAAAUAUUUCCACCGUGUCUGACUGUAGCCUACAGCAAAUUUUUCUAUAUUAGCGAGUUAGGGCAGGGUGCAGGCCUCAGAUUUUCACUUUAUCAGCUAUUGUCGGGCGGUUGCGAAUGGGUUAUUAGCAAUUGCGGGCGGGUGUGUGUGAACCAACAGCUGACCCACGCACUACUAGUGUAUGCAUGUGAGGAAGCUAUGGAGGAUUUUCCACCUCACAUGCACUGGGAUGAGAGUCAAUAACCCAGAAAACACCCACACACCAAUAGAAAGUGCAACAGUGCGGCCUCCAAGCUCCUUAUGUAGCAUACUGAUUCGUGCUCUAGUAGCAUAUUGAUUCAUGUUGACUUUUGAGUGAUGGAAGGAAGCGGGUGGGGUGUUUAAUUGUUUCUAAAGCACAAUUACAUUAGAGAACUCCUCUUCUCGUCUCUGCUCAUUGAGUCAUGUCAACUCCCUUACUCCAGCUUGCCAAUCCACAGGCGGAGAAAGCCCACUCAAAGACAGAGAGUACACACAUAAUCAAGUUGGCAAAGCAGCAACAUGGACUUACACACAUCUGUGUGCAGGAGAGGAAAAUGUAUAGCCUACAAUAGUAAUAGGGUCUGAAGUUGAAGACCUUGGAAUUGGAAUCAGCGGGGUUAAACAUUGAUGAUACAGUAGGUCUACAUGCAUUCAGACAAAGUGGUCAAUUUUGUGUAAAUAAUGUUCAUUUGUCAUUAUUCUAGUGCAGUCCCAUUCCACCCCAGAUGGCCUGCUUGGAACCCUCCUAAAUCAAAUCAGAUGUUAUUUGCCACAUGCACCGAAUACAACAGGUGUAGACCUUACAGUGAAAUGCUUACUUACAAGCCCUAAACCAACAAUGCAGUUUAAGGUAAAAAAUUAAUAAGUAAAAAAAAAAGCUAAUCAUUAAAGAGCAGCAGUGAAAUAAAAUAACAGUAGCGUGGCUAUAUACAGGGGGUACCGGUACAGAGUCAAUGUGUGGGGGCACCGGUUAGUUGAGACUAACUCUCAAUUGAUUUUUCAUUAAAAGCAAUUGCUCACACUGUUUCCUCCCGCUCAGCCAAUUUAGUUCUCAUUGUGUUAAUGUAAAAGUGUUGCCUUCGAUGGGGUUCAACACAGUGGGAUUGAACUUCACUCUGCUCUAGCUCUGUGUGUGUUGAUGCCUGGGUUUAUUUAAGUGAUGCUAACAGAAGCUCUGGCAUGAAGCCCUUUUUUAGUGAAGCAUUUGGAGUAUACAGUCUGAACUCUGAGUGAGGGCUGCCUUUGGAGUGUUGACUAUGGCAGGCUGAAGGGAGGUUGUCAGCAUUACAUUAUUUCAACAUUAUCAUUGAACAAUGAGGUCCAUACUGUAUCACUGAGACUGCUAGAAGCCUGAUUGAUGGAUCUUAUUGAACCAUCACCACCUCUAGACAGUAGAUCGUUGAUUAGCCUAUGGCUCAGAGUGGAUCCCUGCAGAUCUCAUUCCAAAGGAUCUCUGAUCAUCUGACUACAGUAGACGACUGACUGACUGCAGAUCUGUUUUCUCCAGGCGCUGGCCCAAAAUGCUCGUGAUGGGAAGCUGCUUCCUCAUGAGUACCAGGGAGGCUCCUUCAGGUAAACACAACACACCUUAUUAUCUGGGAGAGAGAUAAUACUAACCCUCUGUCCUUUACACCUGGAAUAUUAUUUAGAUAGAUAUGCUUUGUACAAAUGCAGUGUAGACUAUGCUGUGGGAUUUGUCUCUUGGCUUGUUAGAAGGUGAACUGGUGUUUGACUCAGGUUCUUACUUAGCACUUCAACAUAGUCAAAAGUUUGAGUAUGCAGACAUACAGGUCUACGGUGUGGGAGACCAUGUGUGGCAGAAAGGUGUUCAAUAGCUGUAUCUGGUUCACCGGUGACUUCACUAUUAUAACAAUCUGGAGCUUUUGUACCAGGCGCUAAGCUAGUCAUUUCUUGUAUAGUUCAGUAGGCUGCUGAUAGGGAGCAGUCAUUCAUGUCCUGCUAUUAGAGUUAUAACCAUCACAGCUAGAUCAUAUAAUAUGCAAAUUCUACAUUAUCACAUGCAUGCAUGAAGAGAAUAUGUGGCCAGACGACAAGAGCUAUCAAUUAUGUGGCCAUCCAUUCUAGGGGAGGGGGGGCUGUUUUAACUCAUUAGAAUGAAUGGGGUCAUUUAGACAUAAAUGGAGUUUCUGUGUCAGAGAGGAGGAUAAUUAAUUCCUAUAAAGGAUGCAAGCUCUUUCUAACUCUUCUUGAAGAUGUAUGCAUGCUUCCUCUCUCAUUUUAUCCAUCCCCCAGGCCUGGCUAUGUCAUUAACCCACACAGCAAAUUGCAUGUGGAUGUUAUUGCUCACUCAACACAGAGAUGGGAUGGUCUCUCUCUCUAUGAGUUCACCUCAUGCUGUUGGAAGUGGCACAAUGUCUUUAUGUGUCUAUUGAGGAAAUGUCUCCUGGUAUCCUCUUUUGUAUUCUCCUUAAUUCACCUCACACACAGUCUCUUUGUGGUGUGAGUUCAUGCUGUCUUGACUGAAUUAGUAACAGGGAAUAGGUAGUAAUAAGGCCCCAUUAUGUCUGGCAGUAAUCUCCCCUUGGUUAAUUGUCUGCAUGUUUUCCCUGGCUGAGCCAGACUAAUGAUGCAAUGCCCAUUGUCUCCUCUCUCUCAUUCUCCUCCCUUCCUCUCUCACCACCCUCCCACUUUUUUUCUCGCUUUCCCCCACCCCUCCUUCAUUCUCUCUCGCUCUCCUCCCCCUAUUUAUUCCUCCCAAUUCCUUUCACAAAUCAAAUUAGCUUUAUUGGUACAAAUGGUGAAAUAACUUUCUCUAUCCCUCCCUUCCUGUCUCUCUCUGACAGUAUUUCUAACCUGGGCAUGUUUGGCAUCAGUGGGUUCAGUGCGGUGAUCAACCCUCCGCAGGCGUGUAUCCUGGCCGUGGGCACCUCCAGGGCUGUGCUUCGUCUGACCGAGGAGACAGGUGCCCUGAGCACCGUCACCCUGUCUAGAGACGGGCGCCUAGUGGACGACGAGCUGGCAUCACACUUCCUGGACAAGUUUAGUGCCAACCUGGAGCGGCCGCAGCGCAUGGCACUAGCCUGA